AUGUCAACAGAUGUUGACUCCCUCACCAUUGAUGUCUACCACCAAGCUGUAUUUUGUUAUAAUCCCUUCGUUUACUUCCAUCAUAAGAAAGUAUCUGUUACAAAUCUAGACAUAUGUAACAUGGAUUUCAAGGUCUUCAAGACCUAUCUAGACAUAUGUAACAUGGAUGUGUAUUACUGUUCUAAAAAUCGGUCCCUCGUGGAUGGGUUGAGGGAGCUCAGAGAUGAAGAAGCUAUUGAUAAGGAAGCUGUGUGGCCUUUGCUUUCUACCAGAAAACCUUUAAAAAAACAAGCUGUGAGACUUGAAAAUACGCGAGGGGAACCCACAACCACAAGGGUAAGAAUCCUCAAAAACCUUAUUUUUCUUCCAAAUAUUGGAGCUUGA